AUGGACAGCUAUGUUGAUUCACUGUCUGCUGGAAGUAAAAAUCAACUAGCGUUCUUUUCCAUGUCAUCAGCAGUCCCUGAAUGUGAUCUUCAUGACAUGUUCACUGAUUACCAAAGCAAAGUCGACAAAAUGAGAGUUUUAAGUUUUGUAGGUACAAUGUUGAGUUAUGCCAAAUUUAGCUUGAUCUGAGACAAUUCAGUAGUUUGCAGCCUUUCUCAUCCAUGUGUUAAGUCAAAGACAGCUUCUAAGGCUCUUCAUGAACUUAUGAUAACCAAAAUCCUGUGGGGUUUUUUUCUUUUUUUCAAUUCAGGAGACACUCAAUACUCCAAAGCUUUCCGCUCAGCCUUCAAUCUGUUGAAAGGUUCCUCUUCUGGAAGAGAAACCUCAAGGACGAAAGUCAUAAUCUUUCUAACGGAUGGUAAACCAACCGACGAACCAACGGAAAUCAUGCAAACAAUACAAACAAAGAACGCAGAGCUUGAUAACAAGGUGGUAAUAAUGACGUAUGGGAUGGAACAGGACUUACAAAUCCUUCGAGAUAUUGCUAAUCAAGAUGGUGGACGAUAUGGAGUAUCGCAAACCUCAGACGUUACUGUAAGUACAACCACCGUAUUCACGGCCCUGUCAAUAGCGCAGGAUGAAAAAAAAUCCAGGCUACCCAUAAAGAUCCGAACCUUACACCUUCCAAUUUGGUAAUCGAGAGUUUUUAGCCGUGGUGACGUUUCACUUUUACUGUCACAGGAGAGCCGACGUACCUGGCCAGAGCUAUGCAUGCAGUCUUGAUUUCCAUAGCCAGUCCUUUUACAGGAAAUCCUCAGCAUUCUCAUUAUUUAUCCAUCAGUUUAGAAGCUUCUAAGCUAACAGGAAAUGUGAAGACAUCGCAUCCUGUUCAAUAACAAGAUAAAUGAGCUUAGCUUGGGGCAAGGGAUCAAAACAGUAUUGAUUACUCGUACUUAAGAACAACUCUGUAGACAUAUGGAAGCUUAGUGUAUCAGUUGCCCUUUGGAAGACCUCCUUAGUCAUUCACAGAGGGCUGAAUUUAAACUUCUCACUACUUUCCUUUAAUUAUAGGCAGGGAAAUUUACUUACGUGGGAAACACAGAAAAUUUGCGAAGAGACUUUGCAACGUAUUACGAUUUCUUCUCUGAAAACUUAGUGCGCGAUGCACCAAUCAUAUCCAUUCCUUACAUUGAUGCUUUUGGCACGGGUAAGAGUCCGGUGUAAUAGUAGCAGAUAAAAUAACGAGUUACAGCUGUUUUUGGUAUGUUAUACUUGUACAAUAAUCAAUGAAGGGCUAUUACAAUAAUUAAUUAAAUGUGUAAUCAUGAGGAUACAAGCCGAUCAAGAGGUUUGAUGUGGUCGACUGGUGCCGCAAAAAUGGUCUCGAGGUGAUUCAGUCAGCCUUUUCUGGUUACGGUUUUUAACCUAGUUAUGUAUUUUUUUUAAACACUUGUUUCUUGGACUUGCUCAGCCCUGCUACCCUUUGUUCAUUUGGAUUCUCCUUCAGCGAAAGAGAUCAAAAUUCCUCUCUCGAAGCUCACUUGGUGGGAAAUCAUUUUCUGCGAGACAAAAUGAACACUAAGAUCAUUACAGCAAAGUCGUCCAAGACCAUGCAUGUAAAGGAGUGUACAGGGCUAGUUAACCAUUGAACGUAUAUCUAUCUCGACAGGUCUGUUAACUUCCAUAACACUCCCAUGCUAUUACCAAGGGAAAUUCAUCGGUGUUGUUGGUACCGAUAUUAGCAUGGAAGACCUUCUAUCGGAAAUCACAUACUUUCAGAGAGGCCAAUCAAGCUACGCUUUCAUGGUGGACAGUUCUGGGAGGACCAUGAUGCACCCUCUUUUACCAGCCCCUUCAGAUGCAUUCGGUGACCCCAUUUUCAUGGAUAUAACAGCUUUAGAACCUGAACCCGAGUUUACCUCAGUAUUUCUAUCCAUCAAAAGGUAAUGGGCUCUUCGAAGUAAUUGCGAGGGCCAAAACCCAUCGUAGCUUCGCUAUGAAUGAGAAAUGCAGCUAAGAAUAAAGAAUUUGUUGUUGUUUUUAUUGGGGAAAGGAAAAUUGAAACUAGUUUCGAUUUAUUUCCUCUGAAUCGAUGCAAAACAACGAUAAAAAAAGAGAUGAAGAUAGAAAUACGAGAGAUACAAGUGGUAAAUCCGGACAGAAAACAUUUCCAUCAAAGCGUUUCCUGGCUCGUGGUGGACAAGCGGAGGAAGGAGUGACAGUUGCAACUUAUCGAUCAACCUAUUUCUGGGAACCAGUUCAGCACACUAACUUUACUGUUACGAUUGUGGUUAAAGAUGGCGAUAAGGAUGAAACACUGGACACUCAGACUAUUCCUUCCGGUAAACCAAAGCAUCAAUAGAAAAGAUGCAAAUUAUCAGAAAGAUAUUGACUGACUUUACGUUUCCACGUUAACGACUGACCUUAUAGAUCCUUAAAAUGCAACCUUAUUUUUUGAUUGAAUUCCUUCACGUACAUGUUUGUUGUACCUUUAAACAUUGUGCGCUUUUCUACGCAGAUUUUGAAUUUUUAUACCAUCGCUUGGACUUGGUGAAGCCGGAUUCGCCAUGCGUUCACUUUUCAAGAUAUUCAUCAAAAGGUUUGUAAGCCCCCCGCCCUUCCACAUCCAUGAAAUGUUAUUGCUAUUUAUGUUCAAUGAUUCUUAAAAGAUUUCGCGACUCUUAACUGUUGCAUCAUAUUAUAGAGCAAUAUCACAACCCUUAUUAUUGUCACAGAUUCAACAGUGGUAAAGUUUAGUGCAGAAGCCUUCACAGAUCCAUACAAAUACCUUGGACUGGAUGAGUCAGUAUCUUAA